UGCGCGCGGUCGCGUUCUGCAUGCUCAGUUGAUCUUCGUUAGCGGACGGUGAAGGUUUCCUGCUUCAACAGUGCUUGAACGGCAACCUUUCAUUCGUCUCUUUAAACCACCGGACAAGACUAAAAGCUUCUAUUGCUCGGCCAAGGCUACUUCCGUCCACAACCUUCGAACAUCUACGCCGAAAGUAACCGAGCUACGCUUAGCUUCUCUGUUAGCUCUUUGUUGUGCUCCACCUCAGCAACGAAAACCAGCCUGAUUCUUGAAUAAAAAUGGCUUCUCAAGUGAGACAGAAUUUCCACCAGGAAUGUGAGGCUGCAAUUAACAAGCAGAUCAAUCUGGAGCUGUAUGCCUCCUAUGUCUAUCUGUCCAUGGCUUACUACUUUGACCGCGAUGACCAGGCUCUACCCAACUUUGCCAAGUUUUUCCGUGAGCAGUCCCAUGAGGAGCGUGAACAUGCUGAGAAGCUAAUGAAACUGCAGAAUCAGAGGGGAGGCAGGAUCUUCCUUCAGGAUAUCAAGAAGCCUGACAGGGAUGAGUGGAGCAGUGGCGUUGAGGCCCUCGAGUGUGCACUCCAGCUGGAGAAGAGUGUCAACCAGUCUCUUCUGGAUAUGCACAAGCUCUGCUCCAGUCACAAUGACCCACAUCUGUGUGACUUCCUUGAGACGCAUUACCUGGAUGAGCAAGUGAAGGCCAUCAAAGAGCUUGGAGACUGGGUGACCAACCUGCGCCGCAUGGGUGCUCCACAGAAUGGCCUGGCUGAAUAUCUGUUUGACAAACAUACCCUAGGAAAAGAAAGCAGCUAAAUCUAUGUAUGACAU